UCGGACUAUGUUUUAAAAUUUGUUUGUCAGUGGCUGUUUGGACCCUUUUCUCACAGGAGUAGCAGUUUCACAGGUGUCCCAUCAUCUGUGGCAUGAAGACACACUCAAACUACAUGAGUUAUUGGCUGCUCUGUACCUUUAUCUUGAACAAAAUAGCUGUGUUGCUGAGAUGAAUUGAAAUAAAAAUGCAUUAGGAAUAAGCUUAAUGUAUUUAGUAAGUGGCUGUAUCGAUAAUUUAACAUUCUGAGGCCUGUAGGGCUGAUAAAUGGUAAAGAACACUGGCAUGGCGUCAGAGCUGAAGCCUUUUCUCCAUCACUGACAUCUAUUACAUCAGACACUUGCCCUGCAGUGUUGGCUCAGAUCAUGUUUACAUCUCUGUUCCUGCUAUCAAGAGUUCACAAUAACGAUGUCAGUACUUCCCUCAUUAGUUGUGCACACAGUGCUUUGGCCAGUAGUAACACAGCAGCUUCUCCUUUUGUUUUGCUUUGACUUUGGUGGAGCCGAGGGGGCACAUUGAUUGACAGGGCAGAGGCAGAUCCUUCCCCAGCAGGAUGUGUAUUUUCUUAUCACUUCCUCCAAGGCCUCAGGGCAUAUACAUAGUCACAUUUAUAAUCAUGGGGAGUUGUUUUUGCUAAAACAGCCAACUGGUAGAAGUUCGGCUUGUGUUCUAAACUUCAGUGCUGGGGGAAAGCUAUUAAAACCUCCCAGACACACACUCCUCAGCAUUCUGCUGACAGAGCUUGCCGAGCUGAACAUGAAAGAGGCGAAGACGGCUGCAGAGACAGCGAGGACAACUGACAGACUGUUGCGUGUGUGACAGUAAAAGGUGCAAGUGAAGUGAGGCAUCACAAGAGUGAUGUUUGUGGUGGGAACUUCCUGCCUCAGCCUAACACAAUCGCUCUUUCCUUAAGUCGCUUCAUGCGGUUUGGCAAGCGGGUAUUUUUUUCUCAAAACACAUCAAGCAGUUGAGUCUGUGGGAUGACAGCGCAAAGAAAGCAAAACAGAGAAAAAAACAACCAUGCUGGAGAAUGACCAGCUGGUCUAUAUUGGCCUGGAGCUGGUGAUCGCUUGCCUGGCUGUGGCAGGGAACAUCCUGGUCUGCUGGGCCGUCUGCCUCAACUCCAACCUGCAGAGCAUCACCAACUUCUUCGUGGUGUCACUGGCGGUGGCUGACAUUGCUGUGGGGCUGCUGGCAAUUCCCUUUGCCAUCACUAUUAGUACCGGCUUCUGUGCCAACUUCUUCGGCUGCCUGUUCAUCGCCUGCUUCGUCCUCAUACUCACCCAGAGCUCCAUCUUCAGCCUGCUGGCCAUCGCCGUGGACCGCUACAUCGCUAUCAAGAACCCGCUGAGGUACAACAGCCUGGUGACGGGACAGAGAGCAAAGGGCAUCAUCGCAUUGUGCUGGGUUCUCUCAGUGGGCAUCGGUCUGACACCAAUGCUGGGCUGGAACAGAGGUUGGAACACCACCGCUCCCACCACCUCUAGCAGCAAAAGCUGCCCUGAAGGCCUGACGGAGUGCCUGUUUGAAGGAGUGGUUACCAUGGACUACAUGGUCUAUUUCAAUUUCUUCGGCUGUGUGCUGGUGCCCCUGUUGGUCAUGCUGGUCAUCUAUGUCCAUAUCUUCAUGGCCGCAAGGCGCCAGCUCCGCCUGAUGGGGCUCAAAGUUACACACACACCUGCUCCUGGGCAAAUAACAUCAUCGUCGAGCGCAUCUCGUUCAACCCUGCAGAAGGAGGUCCACGCCGCCAAAUCCCUGGCCAUCAUUGUAGGUCUGUUUGCUCUAUGCUGGCUUCCGCUGCACAUUAUAAACUGUUUCAACUACCUGUGUCAGGACUGUAAGCGCUCGCAUAUCUGGGUGAUGAACAUUGCCAUCAUCCUCUCCCAUGCUAACUCUGUUGUGAACCCCUUCAUCUAUGCUUAUCGCAUUCGGGAAUUCAGACAGACUUUUUGGAGGAUCCUGUAUCAGCACGUCCUCAGGCGGAGGGAUGCGCACGGGUUUAGGGUUGGGAGUGGUGAUGGCAGAAGUGUCGGGAGCAGUAGCAUCAUGCGGACCUCCUCCCGUACCAGUAAAGAGGGUUCAUCAUUUGGCACAGUAGUGAAUACCUACGUCCUGGACCCCAGCCCUGACAGAACUCCACCAACUGCUACUCAUGAAUCCUCUUGCUAUUGGACAUCAAAGUUAGAUGCCGCGCCAAGCAACUUCAUACCCAACGGACACCAAACAAAGGGUAGCAUCUUCUCAGCAACACAGCCAUGCAUCAUGGGAUCUGCUGCUCAGGAUGGAGUCGAGUCGGUCACAUAUCUGAAGAGAACAACAGACAUUUUGGAGGUGAAAGACAGCGGAAGCUGCAUUUCUUUUGUAAACGUUCAGGCUCUCUCUCCAAAACAGCUGGCUGUGUCCGCUCUGCAGAGCUUACAGAAGUGUCAUGACAAAGAUAUUUAGACAUUUAAAAUAUAUUUGUAUUGCAAAACAUAUAACAGUGUGCAAACUUGACAUAAUGAAAAAUGAGCAAUAAAUCAGCAGCAACAGUGUAUCAACUUCUGUCUCUCUGAGGCCACAUAGACUGAUUGCCAAGGAUCAUUUUGACAUGUUUUAUGACUUUGUUCUUGUCAACCAUCUCUGAGUUGGAUCUGAAAGCACGCAACAGAAUUUGCCAUAAGCAGGAGGAUGUUUAAAACACUUUCCAACCAUGCAGUACAACUACAUCUACAGCAGCGUGUUCUUUUUCGAAUAAAUCUUUUUCUAAAUGUCCUUUUUUAAAGUUUGCUUGUCAUUUAAACAACAUGCAUCUUAAUAUGCAGAAUGUCGAAUGUACUGUACCCUGCAAUGUGUUUUUAAGAGACUUAAACUUUUAAAUUCUAAAUCUGAAUUUUUUGAUAAUUUUGCAUCAGGUCAACUUUUGUACUGGCUAUCUGUAUUGUUUUUACACACUGGAAAAUUAAAAGUC